AUGGGAGAGAUCGAGGUUGAAGUGAUCUCCACAGAUACCAUAAAACCAUCUUCUCCGACCCCUGCCCACCUUCGCCAUUUCCAACUCUCCUUUCUUGAUCAAGUACUCAGUCCAAUCUUUAUACCCAUCAUCCUUUUCUAUCCAAUGGAUGGCGAUGUCAAAGUUGAUACAAUUGAAAGAUUCAUCUGGCUAAAGAAAACCUUAUCCAUGACCUUAGUUCAAUUCUACCCACUAGCCGGACGAGUCAAGGACAAUCUUUUCAUCGACUGCACUGACCAGGGUGUUCCCUACUUUGAAGCCCAAGUUAAGUGCCAACUUUCGGAGUUCAUAUGCAACCCGGACCCCAUGCAACUAAGCAAAUUCGUUCCUUAUGCACUGGACGAUAUAGUCGACAUCGUCCUGGCAAUCCAAGUCAAUAUCUUCAAGUGCGGUGGGAUAGCAAUUGGUGUUUGCAUUUCCCACAAGGUCGCGGAUGCUUCGUCAGUGAUUACGCUUGUCAACGGUUGGGCGGCUGUGGCUUGCCGGGAUACUCAUAUGGUCUGUCCACAAUUUGGACUGGCCAACCUCUUCCCUCCCAUAAAUUUAUCCGGGUUCAAUCCAAGCACUGGUAUGACAAAGGAGAAGAUUCUGACAAAGAGAUUUGUAUUUAGUGCCUCUAGUGUAGCUGCACUUAGAGAGAAGUACGCUGAUCAAAGCACAACCGAAGAUCUCCCAAGGCGUCCUACACGUAUCGAAGCCUUAUCGGCUCUCAUAUGGAGCCGCUUCAUGGCUGUCACUCAUGGGAUGGCAGACCCAAAAAAAAUCUACACGAUCCUGCAUGCGGUGAACCUACGUACAAGGAUGGACCCUCCAUUGCCGGAGAAUUACUUUGGGAAUAUUAUCUGGUUUGCGAUAACAAGACCAUGCAUCGACGGUAUGAAAGAAGGGAAGCGCCAUGCCCUUGUGAACCAAAUGAGAGAAGCAAUAGAAAAAUCGAUGGAGAUUACAUAA